GGAUUUGUGUCACAUAUCACAGAAGUUGGCCAACUGCAAUGGGAGCUAGAAGUGUUGAAUUUGGGAUCUGGAAGAUUCAGCUACUGCUCCUGUUAAGUGGAUUUAUACUCACUUGUAGAGCUGCUCCGGUGGAGGUAGCUGAAGGUGUGACCCAUCCACCGCCCGAUCAGCUGCAAACAGAGUCUCGAUCCCGCAAAGACGAUAUCCUAGAUGUGGAUGACGACCUGGAUGCUCGUAAUGCCUAUAUUAACAAUCAGUUUGUGCCUAGUGAACCAGCUGAAGUUCUAGAGGAUGAACACAAUACUCCGCUCUAUGAGAUCCUCCAGAAGCAGAUGGAACAAGUGCUGGCCGCAUCAGCUCCCACUGAUCCAGUCUAUGAGCAACGAGAAAAACUGGAACGUCGUGACCAACAGCCACCACACCAACCGCCGUACUUCUCCGGCGGAGACCGAGAUGCUGAUCUUCAGGAUGACUAUGAGGACGAAGAGGAUCAGACAGAUCAGGGCUAUCCGUUGGAUCCUGAGAAACCAGAUGCAAUGUCUGGUUCUCCCGAAGAAGUUGACCAAAACGAGGCAGGCUACCAGGGAUCACAGUUGAGCUUCCCAAGCAGCACUAGCAGCACUCGGCGACCGAUCAGGCGACGCACCACCUCACAUCCGCGAACUACUAGGACAAGAUCAACUGCGCAGCCGAAGAUCACAGCCAGACCUUUAAAUCAAACCAGCACUACUGAGCCACCAACGCCCGUGACCACCACCACAAAUCGUCCUAAGAUUGGCUCUAGUACCAAUUCCAAGCCAAAUCCAUUUCAGGGAAACAAUUUGAUUAGUGAUCCGCAGGUCUACCAGCACAAGCGCCGCAUCAUAUUCAAAACCAUUUCGACAGGCUCCCAGUUCAUCAACUCACCCAUUGGCGAUCUAAUGAUAAAGUUCUCUAUUGGCUUUGCCAAACCAAACAGUCCGGUUGCAGCCAGCAGUCCCUCCACUUUACCCAGUUUACCCAGCUCCUCUAGCGAGGCAUUGCGUGCCCUCUCCCAAAACUUGAUUCGUAAUCUAGAACUGCAGAAGCUAAAAAGAUCGAAUAAAAUUCAGAAAGAUUAAAAAUAUCUUGAUAAUUUUAUAAAAACAAUAA